AUAUCCGAAUAGAGAACCAUUUGUAGUGAAAAAAAAAGUUGGAGGAGAUUUGUCAGAAAAGUUUCGUGAAAAUCUCAACAAUUUUCCCCAAUUUCCCGUGAUUUUUCACACAAAGUUAAUUUCCAUGGGAAACUUUUUAAUGUUUUCUGUGUGAAUUUCCACCAUUAAGUGCGUAAUUUGGGAGCUGCGAAGAACAUCACGGAGUUUGUGUUUUUAACCAACAUCCCUUUCAUUUCUGCAUAUUUUGAGUGAAAAUCCACGAGAAAAGAAAUAUCCAGUUUCCAAGGAUUCCCAGGCAGCGCCAGAAAGGAUGCAAAGAUGAGGAGAGUGAGGUUAAGGUGAAAAUUCCUUUAAAGCUCAUUUAAAGGGCAAGAAAAAAGAAAAGAAAACAAACAAGCAGCGUGUGUGUGUGUUAUGGUUUUACGGCGGGAUCCCGCCACUCUGACUGGUGGUGUACGUGAUCCGCCCCUUGAGCGCCCUAAUUCAGCCACUGGGAUGGCCAAUGAGCAACCCGUGACGAAGCGACAGCGUAUUGAGAGCAAAAAUGCCCCCAUGGAGGAUGCCACCAAAAUCGCCCCACCGGACAUUAUUGCAUCCCCACAGCAGCCGCAGCUAAAUGGUGCCAGCACGUCCACAUCGUCAUCCCCAACGGUGGUUGCAGAUGGGGCGUCGCGAUGUCCGGCUGGGGAUGAGAUUGACAAUGUUCAACGACGACUUGCGGUGGAUGGAGAGACACGGAUAUCACCAUCCUUUCCGGAUUUACUGAAAGUUCACACAACAGCGCCACCUGAUGGGGAUUUAGCUGAAGUGCACACGCACCUGAUGAAGCAGUGCCUCUGUGGGGUGAGUGAACGUGCAAUGCGACGCCUCUUCCGUAUGGAGAAUGGGAAACGCAGUGGGGUACUAAAGGAAUGGCCUGCAGUGCGAACUAUGCAGUUCUUGUCAAAUAUUCAACUCCUCUUUGAGGUUUACCUGCCACAGAAUAUUAAGGGUUUCAUCUGCUUGAGGGUACUUGAGGCAUGUGAACGGCUAUUGCUGCAGGAAUUGGCGCUAAUUGAUGAAAUCACCCAAUUGUGUGAUCAUGAGAAUCGUUUUGUGCGCUUCUUAGCUGGUCGGGUGUUGGCAUCCUUCCUCCUGAUUGCGAAGAAGUACAUGAAUGUUGCGAGUGAGAAGUUGAAGCCGAUUGUGGAGAAUUUUAUGGCGUUGGAGACGAUAGAUGAGGCAACAAUGAGACGUGUCGCAAUUUCCGCGGAGAUUCUCCGGAGGAUUGUCGAAUGGAAGGAUAUGGAGGAGCAUCCGCUCGAUGAGGACGACGAGGAGGAUGAUGAACCACCUCCAGUGCAACCACCACCGUUGGAAACAAACUACUUUGCAACGCAUUACAAUCCCGAAAUGGUUGCAGCUGCUACGUCGUCUACGGCGGGGAGUUUACGGACACCCGGGGCACCACAUCCCAUUGUCCGCGUGACGGAGAAUGGGUGCCAGUUGGUGACACUCACGGAUUCGGAGAGCUUCGAUUCGGGAACGUUGAAAUUUGACAUGAUUGAGACGCUGAAGGAGGAAUGGCCGAGUAUUGUGGAACGGAUGUCAACGGUUAUUGGGAGUUGGGCGGAAAUUGCAGCCACAGAGGGGAGCGUCCUUGCGGAGGAAUGUAUCCUGGCAUUCCUAGCCUUCUGGGAGAGUAUAAUAUCCGUACGUGCCAACUUGCCUAUUGUCCAGACGCUUUACUUCCACGAACCGCUCAAUGAUCUGCGGAAGCUGCUAAGUCGUGACCUCCCUGCAACGGUUUACAAGCAAAUGUUGACCCUUUUCAACGAAGCUCUCUGCUACGGAAGCACCUUGGCGCUGCAGGAUCUCCUCCCGAAGGCCACGUGUUCCUUUGCAGCUCAGAUUGUCCUCCAAGUACGCCGCGGGUGGCUUCUACGUUCCCUCCCGCAGGAACGUGUGGAUAAUCACGUAAACUUCACAGGACGUCGUGGGGAGAAUGUUUCCUACGACGAGCACACACUUAGCCAUCGGAUUCCAGCUGAAACAUCCGACUCCCGCACCGUGGAUAAGCCUCUCCUGCAAAAACUCGUUCUACUUGUCCUGAAAUCCGUUGCAGUGACAGCAAAGGAAGUUCGGAGUGACUCAUCGGAUUCCUCAAUUGAAAGCACCGACUUCCAAGCCGUGCAGGAUAUCAAGACAAUAGAAGAGAGUAUACGGGAUGCCCUGAAGAAGCUCGAGGAUUUCAUGAAGGACAUUAUGGAACUUCAUCCCGAGACGCAUUUCAGCAACAUCCUCAUUCGGCUCUUUGACGAUCAGGAUGACUACCUAAUUGAGGCGAUGGUUUGCACACUCGAUGUGACUGUUAACAUGUCCUUCCGCAAUAAUGCCUUCCCCGAAUUGGUAGCAAUGCUCAAUCCCGUCUUUACCUUCCUCGAAUUCCUCAAUAUGAUCACCUACAGUGGGAGUCUCCUCUUGGAUCUUCUCAUAAGCAAUGAAACGUGCUUCCUACUCUAUCUGCUGCGCUUCCUCAAGUACAUUCGGCUGAAUUGGUCAAUGUUCGUGACGUCAUGCCAGGAAUCGAGUGUUGGGAAUAAUUGCCUCGAUGACGCCAUGAGUGUUCUCAUAAGGCUCAAAAUGCAAAUUCAGAGUCUUGUCGCCAUGUCACGUUUCCCCUAUGAUAUUGGACCCGUUCAGAGUCUCCUGCGCAUUUGCGAGGGGCUCUACGAGGGUGAUGGGUUAAGCUAGGGAGAGUUCUUCUCACGUAAAACAAAUGAAUAAAUAAUCCUUGCCACGUCAGCACCGUGUUCCCUUGCCUGAGUAUCUGCGGAAGAACAAUUAAGGACUAAAUUGUAAAACCGGCAAACUUUGUAUGAGCUCCGA